GAAGGGCUCCGUCUCGAUCGCUCGGGUCUAAAACUAAUAAGCGACGUUCGAAGAAUUUGGUGAGCCAGUAGAAACUAGCGCCGGUCUGGUUAAAACAGUUCGUUUUUGGUAAAAUCUCAAUUUCCCUCCAAACUUUUCAUUCUAAAACUUUUUGAGUCUUCCCUCUUUUAUCUUCUUUCUCUCGACUCGACGACGGAUCUGAUCUUUUCAAUAUCUCUGGUUUGACGACGUUGAUUUAGGGUUUCCUUUUCCGGAGUCUGUUAUAGCUUGUUGAGGUUUAUAGUAUUGUGUUGUUGAAGAGGAUGAAGCGUAAAAGAGGACAUAAGAAAGGGAAGAAGUCUAAGAAAUCCAAGUCUGUUACUGAGCAAGGUGACUUGAUUGAGUCUAACGAAAACGCGGAGACUCAAACUUCAGAGCAGAGUUCUGAAGGUCCUGCUGAGUGUGAGAACAGUGAACAUGAUGAAUCUACUAGAAUGGAGGUUGAUGCUCCUUCGUCUACCGGGAGUGGUAAUUCACCUGUUGCUGCUAGUGUAGAUCCAGCGGCGAAGCCAGUUGCGCGUGUUAAGGUUAAACUCAAGACUUCGAAAGCGCCAGAACCUGAUGAGACAUUGCGUGAUGUUGGUAAUGAUAAGAGUAUUUCUCAAGCGGUGUCUGUAAAACCUGAUGAGAAAAAGGAGGAAUUGGUUCCGGGUUUGCCUGAGAGAAGGCCUGUGUUUCUGAAUGUUUACAGGAAAACUAAAGGGAUAAAGAUUAAGACUUCAAAGGCGCUUGAUGGAUCUAGCUCAGUUACUGAGAAGCCUGCGGAUGCUGUUAAGGUUCAGGAUGCAGUAGUGCUUGAAAAGGAGACGAAAACGCCUGAUGAGAAGCCUCAAGCCAGUAAGAAUGAGCCAGAAAAAACACCGAUUUCUUUGCAGAAAGAGGAGAAGAAGACUGAUCUAAAUUCACGAUACAACAAACAAGAAGUGGAAGAUUCUCUUACAGUGAUCAAGAAGAUUAUGAAGAUGGAUGCUGCUGAUCCUUUCAAUGCUCCCGUCAACCCAGAAGCUCUUGGAAUUCCUGACUACUUUGAUAUCAUCAAGACACCUAUGGAUUUUGGAACAAUAUGCAACAAUUUUGAGAAAGGCAAUAAAUAUAUGAAUUCUGAGGAUGUUUACAAGGAUGUCCAGUACAUUUGGAAUAACUGUUCCAAGUAUAAUAAGAAAGGUGAUUAUAUUGUGGAUCUGAUGAAGCGAGUGAAGAAAAAUUUCAUGAAAUACUGGACUGCAGCAGGGUUGUAUACUGAGCAAUCAGCAGGAGAAAAUACAGACGAUGGUGGGAAGACAUCCACCAAAGGCAGUCAAUCAAAGCAGAAAAGCCAUAAACGCCAUGGAAGGCACCACAAGAGUGAUUGCAUGUGUGCAGUAUGUGUUUUGAAGCGACGUAAAAGAGAACGUGAACGAGAUACUCAAGGACAUUCUGGAAUACAAGAGGAAUCUUCACCUGUGGGAAGUCCAUCUGUGGGUAAUUCAUCAAUAAACAUGGGUGAUGAGCAGGACAUGGAUACUGAUGUCGACAACAAAACUGAACAAGAAAAAACAGAAAUCGUGGAACUAGAUAGUCCGGUGUCAGAGAAACAAAGAGUGACUGAAAGUAAACAAGAGGUGGAGGAGGAGGAGGAGGAGAACGUAGAAGUGGAGAGUGAAAAUAAAACCGAAGCUAAUGUAGAGGAUAAGACUCAAUCGAUUGAUAGAUCAAUGGAAGAGACUGGUGAUGAACCAGUGACUAGUACUGCAGAGAAAUUGGUUGCUUUAGCUUCUGUUGUAGGUCCAAAAUCGUCUCAGAAUGAAGAGGAAGAGAAGGAAAAACAACUCCAAGAGCAAAAGAAACGGCAGGAGUUGGAGCGAAAAGAAUGGAGGAUGAAGAUGCAAGAGAAGUUCGAAGUCAGAAACCCGCAGCUUCUAAGUCUCUGUGAGACUCUGUUCCCUAAUGACAACAACCAUACGUCCGUGUGGAACGGACCUCACUCACUGUUUAAACGUCGAGGAGGUCCAAAUCGUAGUAGUGCUUUACACAAAGCAGUGGAGGCACUGAUGAAGUAGUGAGGAUUCAAAAUGUAACAUAAGUGUUUAGCUAUCGUUUUCCGAUUUGCCUGUUAUAGAUAUGUUUUAACAUUCAACACCAAUCACCAUAAGCAUCUCUGUCAUUGUAAACAGAACAUAAAACUGUUACGAAUUCUAAGAUAAAUCAAUUCCUAGUAUUGACUACCA